AUGCAGAAACCUCCACGAAGCGAGGGCGUUCUCAAGUCAAUCGCCAAGGGAAAAGUCGAGCGUCUCGGCGAGGAGGAGCGAGGGGAUCUGAGCAAACUGUCGUCGCUCGUGGGCCUGAGCAAGGGUCCGCCCAAGCUCACGAAGGCCAAUGUGGACAAACUCCAGACGAUCGCCCGGAGAGGUCCUGAUAAACCUUCCAGCGUUGGAGAGAUUAUGGGCUACACUUUCGUCGGCUCAAUGCUGGCAUUUCUGGCAUACUUGCAGUUCGGCCUUGGGUUGGGCUCAGCCAAAAUGGGCAGCCCGACAGCCAACUGA